AUGAACAGUUCAACCGAGACACGCAAGUCUAGGAUCUCGUCGACACAGGAACAACUCUCCGAUGCACUGCGUCAGAUUUCGCAGCUACCGUCAUUCUCGACUGAACAACAGUCCAUGACACCACCGGCCUCAUCUUUGAAUGCAGACACCUCCUUAGGCCUAUCUGGUGAAGAACAAGCGGCACUACACCACGCCAAUCACGUCUUCGCCCGGCACAUUUCUUUGCUCAAAGAGUACAAUAACAUCAAAGACGUCGCCAUGGGAAUGCUAUCGAUUCUCGCGGAGAAGCAAGGCCGUCGACUGACUGAAGUCAUGAAAGAAUAUGGGUUGAACGAGGAGGAUUGAACGACCUGGAAGUGAACGAGGAACGACCGGCGUCAGGCGUACGACUUCAUCUACGAACAGCAUACUAAUAACGGAAUUCUACGAGGCAUUGG